AUGGCAGCCAGCGAGCGAAGCCAAGUUGACUUGGCGCAACUCUCUGCCCAGCAACUCUCACAAGUGAAGAAACAGCUCGACGAUGAAGUACAACACUUGACCGGAUCAUACCAGAACUUGCGGGGCGCCCAGCAGAAGUUUCGUGAUUGUAUUGUGAGCAUCAAAAAUGGCGUUGCCAACAGUGUGAAAGAUAAACCGCUGCUCGUGCCCUUGACGUCUUCGCUCUACGUUCCCGGCACCUUGGCGGACUCGGAUAAUGUCAUCGUGGAUAUUGGCACCGGCUUCUACGUGGAGAAGUCGACUGAUGACGCCGAGAAAUUCUACACGAGCAAGAUUGAGGAACUAGGCAAAAACAUCAAAGAUCUUGAGAACAUCGUGAAUGGAAAGGCAAACAACCUACGGGUGGUCGAGGAGGUAUUGAGGCAAAAGGUUCUGGCGGACCAAACUGGCAAGCCCGGUGCAAGCUCGUCAUGA